UGCUGUGACCUUUGCUGCAAGUUACUUAGCUUCACUGUGGUAUAGUUUCCUCAUCUGUAAAAUGAGUGAGUGGGAGUAGAUCAGCCAGUCAGUCAGUAAGCCUACUAUUAGGUGCCAACUAUGCACCGGGCACUGUACUAAGAGAUGGGGGUACAAAGAAUGGCAAACGACAGUUCCCAUCCUCGGGGAUGCCGAAGUCUGACGGGGAGACAACAUACGCGUGACAAUGUACAGAAAAGAUGCAAGUAUGGACAUAGAAGCCUAUGAUGUUUUCUCCGGUCCACCGCUUCAGAGAUAUUGAGAGGAAACCUGAAUACCUCCACCCAGAGAAGUGUAUCCCUCCUCCUCGCCCGGGUUCUCUGGGAACCAUGUGGUUUAUCCGAGAUGGCUGUGGUAUUGCAUGUGCUGUCAUCACCUGGCUCCUGGUCAUAUACGCAGAUUUUGUGGUCCUCUUCGUCAUGCUGAUUCCAUCACGAAACUAUAUUUAUAGUGCAAUCAAUGGAGUAGUAUUCAACAGUCUUGCUUUCCUGGCUCUGGCUUCUCACUUCCGGGCUAUGCUGACAGAUCCAGGUGCAGUGCCCAAAGGAAAUGCCACAAAAGAAUUCAUCGAAAGUUUACAGUUGAAGCCAGGGCAAGUAGUAUACAAGUGCCCAAAGUGCUGUAGCAUCAAACCUGACAGAGCCCAUCACUGCAGUGUCUGUAAGAGAUGCAUUCGAAAGAUGGAUCACCACUGUCCCUGGGUUAAUAACUGUGUGGGAGAGAAUAACCAGAAGUACUUCGUGCUGUUCACCAUGUAUAUAGCUCUCAUUUCCCUGCAUGCCCUCAUCAUGGUGGGAUUUCAUUUCCUGUAUUGUUUUGAAGAAGACUGGACAGAAUGCAGCUCGUUCGCCCCGCCCACCACAGUGAUUCUCCUCAUCCUGCUGUGCUUUGAAGCCCUCCUUUUCCUCAUCUUCACAUCAGUAAUGUUUGGGACCCAGGUACACUCCAUCUGCACGGAUGAAACGGGCAUCGAGCGGCUCAAGAAUGAAGACCCAACUUGGGAGAGGACCGUCAGUUGGGAAGGGAUGAAAGCAGCUUUUGGCGGCGAUUUCUCCCUGAACUGGUUUAACCCUUUUUCAACCGUGGCCAACAAGACGGACGUAGCUCUUGCAGCAGUGGCCUCAGGAACGGCCUCGGGAAGCCGGGAAGGGUGCUCAGAAGGUUGCUCACAAGACUUGGAUGAGUCUGAGGAAGUAAAAUCAUAAAGAGGCUUAGCCAGUGUGAUGGGGAUGUUGGAAGGGCCUGCAGCCCCAGUGAUACGCUUUAGAAAGAAAACCCAAAGCAGGAAGGAAAAGACUUCAGCUUAUGGGAUUUCCCCCAAAACCUCCAGUCUGGAAAGACCAUUCCCUUUUAACCCAUUCCUCCUCCCCUUCUUACUCUUGAGAGAAGAAGGACCAGCCUUUCUCUGUGGUUCUCUGAGAACGUGGCCUUGCACUUAGUGUCACGUUUCCCUGUCAUGCUGGACACUGAGCUGUUUUUCUGGCCACCGUUCUCAGCUUAUUACCAUCAUCAAAGUAGAUCCUGGAGGCUGACUCCUUUUACCUCUGCUUCUCCUGGGAAUCCUGUCCUUCUGAAGAACCAGAGAGACUAGACUCAUUCCCAGGCCCUUGGAAGUGGAGCUCAGGAAAGGCAGACCAGAAAAGAGCCCGACAGGAGUCAGUGGAGAAAGCUGGAAUGGAGGAAGGGGUUAGAAGGGAGAGUUAGGCUCAAAGCCUGAUGGCAGGGCCCUGACUCUUGAGAUUUGUGGCCCCCAGUCACAUCCCUGACUUCUGGAGGUUGGCACUAAGUCUAAUUCGUCUAGAGUAGAUAGAAAUUAGGAAAUAAAAGCACUUCCCCAAAUGUGGGAGCGUUUCAGGGAAUAUCUCCUGUUGCAAAGGGGAGAGAAGGCAGGGCAGGUCACGAUAAUUUGCUGUCUUGUGUUUCUGUGUACAAUGGCCUGACUUCCUCUUACCUUGGGCUCAGACUUAGAAAAGUCAACCCAGAGGGAUAAUAGCCACUACAAAAAGGAACGUCCCACUAUUAGCUAAUUUUUUAGAAUGCCUGGCCACCGAUUGGCCCAGAGUGCAAUAUAUUACUCACAAGAACGUCAGGGGUUGUACCACUGAGGUGGCAUAUUUGUUUUCAUGUCUCCAGUGGCAGGAUUAAUUUAAAAGAGAACUCUAGUGAUGAAUUCAACAUGUACAGUACUAAGGAGAUUAAUUUAUGCAUAUGUGCACUGGGAGAUAUGGCUCAUGUUGGGAACAUGGCACAGGAAAUCAGCCCACUGAUAGGUGAUUCUCAUUGAUUAGUCAGCAGGGUUUGGCUGGCACCAAAAAAAAAAGCUUAUGUCCAAUAUAUCCAAGUGCCUUUAUCAAGAUGAACAAUUUGGAGAUUAUAUUACCUUAUGAAAUAAUGGGUAAGUGUGAGUGUUAGUGUGUUACAUGUAGGAAAAUCCAUUGAAGGGCAAGGGCAUAAUGCCAAUUGAUGGCCUGAAUGUUUAUGUUCAACCUCUCUGCUAUUGGGUCUUCUGUCAGGGCUCUUUAGUUUAAAUCUCCCUUACAGGGAAAAUUCACCAAUUCACAUAGGCUAAUGGGACCCCCAGCAGAUUUUAAAGAAAACCUUAAAAGCAGUUCAGGUCUUUACAAGAAAAAGAAAAAGAAAAAGUCAGCCUCCAAAGAAGGGUCCCAGUUAAAGCAGUUAGGUUGGCAUAUUAAAAAAGCAACAACAAACUUUGUAUCCAAGAAACUUGUUUCCUCCUCAAGUGGAUGGGUGGUACCUUUGAUGUGCUCCCUCAGUCUAAUCAGAGAGGUGUCCAGCUAUUGUUUGGAUGCAAAAGAAAACAUUGGAUUUUCCUUCCAUGUGUCUUGUGGGUCACAUACACACACAUAUGCACACACACACACACACACACACACACACGCACAAACGCACACAUGCAUUACCACUUAUUGUCUUCUAACAUCCCUGGCCACACCAUCUCCUGGUCAGGUGUGAUCCUGGCAACUGGAUACUGACUUGUGACAAUACAGCUUUGAUGGGGCAGAAAUGCUCUUGCUUUCCAUUCAGUCAUAGCCUCGCCUCACCCCCCAACUUAAGAAAGGGGAAUGGUCUUUCUGCCUAGUGUUCCCACCAGGCCCCUUGGUAUGAGGCCGAGUCAUCACCCCUUAGCCAGAUGUCAUUCAGAAACCUAACUAUCCACCCCUCCCCCCAACUCCCCCUGUGAUUUAACCCUUCCCUUCUGCUGACUAAGGCUGCUGGGCUUCAGUCCUGUUUUUCUAGUCCCCGUUUAGAUGAAAUCAGCUGAAAACUAACUCAAGUUGCCCUGCCAGGAUUUGUCUGAGCUGGCUUCAAACCUGCCCAGCAGCUGCAGUAUACUACUCUAUCUUGGUUCUAAGUUCAAAAGAAGGCAUGGUUGCCCCACUUAAUAAAGCCAGAUCAGAUUUUUUUGUGAUGUGGACAUAGGGCAGUCUUCAUGUCAUGGUUUUCAUGGAUGGGGAGAGAGAGAAGAUAGCAAAACAACAACCCUGUCAGAAUGAGGCCAUGUGAAGGAUGAUAAGUAAAGUGGGUGUUGGAAUCUCUUUUGUUACCACUAACCACAAUUAGUGUGCCUCUUACUGAUGUGACCAGCGAAUCUGGGGAAUGAAUAACUCAGUAGAUUGUAGCAGCUUCCACCAUAAACACACAGAAUACAGAACCCCAGAAGGUCACUUCCUCCUUUGGCCCCUUAAGGUUUUAUGAGGCUUCUGGGUUGGCCUUUUGAUUUUCUCAGGAGCAGCUUUAUUAUUUAUGAAAUGAGAACACCCUGAGCCUCAGAUGGCUCUUCGGACCAGAUAAACUUAAAUUUAAGACUGGUUGCUGAACUACGCGUCACUCGGUGGUUAGGAAUCCAGUGUCAUUGUCUGAAAGCAAAAGGAAGGAAUUGUUCUCUGAGGGUACGGACCAGUGUUGUCCUCCCAUUCAGCAAGAGGCAGCUUAGGACUUAGAGUACAAGUUUUAUACCAAAGAGCCAGCCUACCUGUGGAAGUGUUGUGGUUCUUCAUGCAGUCUUUGUGUGUGAUAGAGGAAGUAGCAUUAGGGACUGACUUAAAGGAAUUAGGUAGAAGGAAGAGCCUACAAGUCUGAGCUGCAGAAUUUAUCUGGGAGGCCAGGCUUGGGACAGUCGGCCCCGCAGCCUCUCCAAAAACAAGUGGGCAGUCCACUCAUCAGAGGUGCACUAACCUAUUUGUUCUACCUCUCUGCCCAGCAGGGAGGCGCAUACCCUAAAGCAUGGACCUAAAGCAGGAUCUUGGUGUGGGGCUCACCCUUGAGAUGGCAGCUAGGGCCUUGUUCACUGUCUUAUCUGUAAGAGCUGAACAAUUCCCAAUCCCCUCAUCUGCAGACCAGAAACAGCAGCCUCGGUCCUAUUACUGACACCCGGUCUAGGGUGCCGAUACCUGCUGGGCUUUCCUUUGCAUCUGAUCAACUGUCCUCUCUGGCUACCUGAUGCUCAGGCCUGAGGCAGAAGUGUUGCUCUGUCCACAGUGAAGUGAACCAAAGCAGUUUUGGACACGGCCACCCACCGGGGGACAGGGUUGCAAUUGAUCCCCAGCUACAAUUCCUUGGCCGCAACUGAAAGCUCAGUCUUCAGGAUUUGCAAAAGUUCUUAGGGCCAAGGGAAUCAUGAGAUGGGUUCUGCUGUUAGAAAACGCUGGGCUCAAGUGUUUGCCUUUGGGUGUGAGAGGAGAACCCCUUAGCUUGGAGUUUGGGCCUCUACAUUGGCAUCCAGGGCCAUUUUCUUUUGUGUCCAGGAACAAGAGAGCUCUCUUGGAAGCUGGUCCUCUCUCAUCCUCCGCCUUCUGUAUGCCUGUCUAAGGCCCCUGGCUGGAAUUAUGCAACCUUCUGAGAAGGCCCAUCUGGGCUGGAGGGGAGGGGUUCUUUCAUUUCAGGGGUAGAAAAUGAAGGGGUGUCACGCACCUCCAGAGCCCACAGGUGCUGCUCCUCAGUUCCAGCCUCCAAAUGUUUUCUUGUGCUCUUGGUGUCUGUAAUAAUGUUUGGUGCCUUGGAGAGUUUCUUUAUUUACUAAAACAUGUCAUUUCUCUCA